AUGCAGUCACGUGACGCUGGGAAAAGGAAUGCCAACAUGGACCCGUGGCAAGGACGGGAUGUGAGCGUUCGACCACAAUAAACACGACGGAGGCGAAAAAAGACGAAGAAAAACACCGAGAAUCACGGAAACGCGUCGACGGCGCACAGUCCACGCGUCCACGGAGGCCGAAAAAAGCGCACGGUAGGUUUUUUCGACUCUCUUUGCGGCUCCAGUUUCAGCGGCGUCCUCUGUCCUGCGUCUGCGUUGGAUCAAUGGUGUCUCUGAGCAGCAGAACGCUGAGUUUGGAGAAUGACCUGUUCAGGGACAGCGGCCUGUUCGCCCUCGGACUGGGAGACGGAGCCAGCAGCGAGGGGGGCAGCUCGGCUUCCUGCGACAGCCCCGGGGUGGGGGAGCCGGGGGCCGCGCGCAGCUCCAGCCCCGCGGGGGAGGAGGAGGACGAGGAGGAAGAGGACGAGGAGGAGGCGGUGCACCUACACGUCUUCCUCGGAGAUGCGGGGGAGGAGGACGAAGCUGCCGAUCAGGAGCCCAAGCUGCCGGAGUUCCCCUUCCGUCUUCCGUCCCCGUUUUCCCCGACUCUGGAGGACAUCGAGGAAUUCUUGAGGGAAAAGAUGGACGUGGUGAGGGAGGGGCCGGUGUCCCCGAAAGAGGAGGCCUCCCCUCUGCCCUGCACUUCCAUGGACUCUCCUCCGUCUUCCGCAGCACUUCCAGCCUCCUCAGAGACUUGCGGUGACCCCGGAUCUAGCUCCUCCCAUUGCACUUCCAGCCCCGACACCCCCAAGAAAGAGCACAACAGCCCCCGCCCCCCAGACCCCUCCCCUUCUGCUCCGGUAAACCCGUCUCCAUCUACUGUAACCCCACCGAUGCUCUUGGGUGCUCCGUUGGUUCUCCAGCUCCAGCCUCUACCUUUGGCUCCGCCUCAGACCCCGGCAGCCCCCGCCCCCGGCCCCCCAGGCGGCAUAUGGCUCACCCAUCUGGUAAUGGGGCUUCAGGGGGCCGCCGGACAGAACGUCGCCCUGUUGGCCCCCCAGGUUCCCUCCACCGCCGCCACUACGACCACCGCUUUGGUAUCUCUGAACAGCGGAGACAACAAAUCAGCUGACCAGAAGUACGUGAAGAUCGCCCCCCUGCCCAUCACCAUGAGGACUCUAGAGAUUACGGGCGUGGCCGGGGUGGGGGCGCCGGCCAACGGCGUGUUGAAGGCCGUGGCGCCGCGAGUGUCCAGAGCGCCGACUACAGAGAGGGUCCAUAAAUGCUCCCAUCCAGGCUGUGGGAAGAUGUACACCAAGAGCAGCCACCUGAAAGCCCACUUCAGAAGACACACGGGAGAGAAACCCUACACGUGUAGCUGGCCCGAGUGUGGCUGGAGGUUUUCCCGAUCUGACGAACUCUCCCGUCACCGCCGCUCACACUCUGGCAUCAAACCCUACGAGUGUUCACUGUGCGAGAAGAAGUUCGCCCGCAGUGACCACUUAUCCAAACACACCAAGGUCCACCGCAGCUCCAGACCCAGCAGGAUCAUCAGAACCACCGUGUGACCCCCCCCUCCCCUCCUGCGCCCUCGUCGAUGGCCCUCAGGACUUUUGGUGCUUCAUAAGCUAAACUUUGAGCGGAGUGUCGGGAGCUGGCUGCUUGCCCCGCUGCCUCAUGGUUUCCUUCCUUCUUCCUCCUCUGAGAUGUUUAACUUUCAUGGGUCCCUCUGAGCGGCUCGUAUUAGUGCUACAGUGAAGCUAACAGUCACCUCAGGAAAAACUCUGAACAUGGAUUUCCUGGCCUUCGCGAACACACACACGGACACAAACAGGAGACGGUCUUGCACUUCUACGACUUGGGUUGAUACAGCUACAGUAUCAGGUGCUGCCCCUGUUAUUUACCAUCUCCCGUCUUACUCAAAGCCAGACUUCAGGGUCCACAUGCAUAAAGCUUCCAAACGUUUUGUAUCUCGUUGUUGUACAAGUUGUAUAGCGUCACGUUUAUCGUCCAAAUCUAUAAGGUGAAAAUCGAAUUAAAGCAAUCAGUCUCGUCUAAAUACUCCUAUUUCUAGCACUUACGGUUUGCUACGAAUGAGGAUAAAACAUAAGCUAUUUUAUGCAUCCAACCUUGGCCUUUAUUGCAUUUGUCCAAUCACGUGUCCCCACCCCCCCCACCCCCUCUUGACCCCGAUUUGCCUUUUCUCAGCCCCACUAUGCCCUAAUCUCAAAUCGAUGCCUUUGUCCGUGUCACAAAACCACACUUGAUCCUAGUGUUGUACUGUUAUCAUAUGACUGCUCUUAUUUAACUGUGAUUCUGAACUGGGGGUUGCCAAACCAGAAAUCCCUGUUCUGGCCCUGCGAGAGCAUGAAAACGACACCCUCGGUGCGUGACAGUUUUAUAAGCUCUUUGUUCUCUGAAACUCUCUGAGAAUCAUUGUGCAGCCGAUUUAUGUGGCCUAGAAACUAAACGGCCUAUAUGUUCUACUUAUGCUCAAUGGUGCAAAAAGUGAUGUGAAACAUGCUCUUUCAUCUUUACAGUUGCCGUUACUGUAAACGUUAUUUCUGUCGGUUAUAGCAGCAAGAAAAGCUAAUAGUGUAAACAGCUGGAAAGGCAGCUAACAUCUACUCAAUCCUCUGUAUUAGCAUACUCAAUAUAAUAUGUACUGAACAUAAAGGACAGAGAUAACAUGUACAAAGCGUGUAGCCUUUAUAUAGAUGUUUUGGUUUUUUUUUUUGUUUUUUUUUUAAUCAAAGAGGAUUUUCAAUCAGUGCAUUAAGCUAUUCAGUGGUGUUUCUGGAGAGGUCGUCAGUCUGUUAUGUGGGUUUGAUUGUAGCGUGAUCAAUCUGUGGAAUGUCAGACUGGUUCUAGUCUGGGAUUUGGAGUCCCCUUUUACCCAUUCACAAACCAUUAAGCUGGGUCUGCUGGUCUCAAGUGCACUUGUGUGACUGGACAGAGAAUCAGAUGUGCUCUUAUGGCAGUUCUGCAAAAUGUAUCAGAACCAUGAAAAGCCAAAAAAAACAA